GUCAGGGCUGUCUGUCCUCACACUCGGUCCUCAGUCCAACUCAAGUGUCCAACAUGGCUGCUGAGGGGGACAGCGCUGUCCUGUGUGUCUUCGUUAACGGGAGAAAGGUGAUUGUGAGAGAUCCGGACCCAGACACCAUGCUGCUCUCCUUCCUCAGAGACAAACUGCAAUUAACAGGCACUAAGUAUGGCUGUGGAGGAGGGGGGUGUGGUGCCUGCACCGUCAUGCUGUCCACAUAUGACACUCAGACCCAGACCAUCAAUCAUUUCUCUGUAAACGCCUGUCUGAUGCCUUUAUGCCAAACACACGGGGCGGCGGUGACCACAGUGGAGGGCAUCGGGAACAGCAAGAGCAAACUACACCCUGUACAGGAGCGUAUUGCGAAGGCAAAUGGCUCUCAGUGUGGUUUUUGUACUCCAGGGAUGGUGAUGUCCAUGUACACACUGCUGAGGAACCGACCACAGCCCAGCAUGGAGGACAUCACACAGGCACUGGGGGGUAAUUUAUGCAGAUGCACGGGAUAUCGUCCGAUUAUCGACGGCUAUCGGACUUUCUGUGAGAGUGAAAGCUGCUGUCAGGUGAACGGCGUGGCCUGCUGUACCUCAAACAACAAAGCAGCUCCUGAGCAACUACAGCUGUUUAACAAGGAGGAGUUUCUCCCUCUGGACCCCACGCAGGACCUGAUCUUCCCUCCUGAGCUCAUAAGGAUGGCAGAGAGUCAGGACCAAACCACUCGGACGUUUCGGGGGGAGAGGAUGACCUGGAUCUCCCCCGCGUCUCUCGGUGAGCUGCUCCAGCUGAAGUCUCAGUACCCACAAGCCCCCAUUGUGAUGGGAAACACCAACAUAGGGCUGGACAUCAAGUUUAAAGGUGUCGUCCAUCCCAUAAUAAUCUCAGGCACCCGCGUGAAGGAACUGUUUGAAGUCUCUCACAAACCUGAAGGUGUGCACUUCGGGGCUGGAUGCACUUUAUCCACCAUGCUGUGUGUGUUGCAGAAGUGUGUGUGUUCUCUCCCGGCAGAACAAACACAAACAUACUCAGCACUGCUGGAGCAGCUGAGACACCUGGGAGGAGAGCAGAUCCGCAACGUCGCUACGCUCGGCGGGAACAUCGCCAGCGCGUACCCAAACUCUGAUCUGAAUCCUGUUCUGGCUGCAGGGCGGAGCUCGGUGCUGCUGCUGUCUCACGAUGGAAGGCGUGAGGUUCCUCUGGAUAAGGACUUCUUUGUCGGAUUUGGAAAGACGAUUCUCAGACCAGACGAGAUUGUGCUGUCUGUUUUUAUUCCCAUUUCCAGAGAGUGUGAGGUGGUGUGUGCGUUCCGUAACGCUCCUCGGAAAGAGAACGCUCUGGCCACGGUGAGCGCCGGCAUGCGGGUGUGGCUCCAUCACCACUCGGACCUGGUGCGAGACAUGAGUGUGUAUUACGGUGGAGUCGGAGCACACACACUUAGUGCAGAAAGCACGACGCGGCACGUGAUCGGCAGGGCGUGGAGCGAGGAGACGCUAAGUGAUGCGUACACGUCGCUGCUCGAUGAUGUCACGGGGGCUGCCGGCGGGAAGGUGGUGUUCCGCAGAUCUCUGACCCUCAGCAUGUUCUUCAGGUUCUACCUGCGCGUCCUGCAGCACCUCAGAGACCAGAACAUCAUUCAGAGUGAAAUUCCAAAGCAUGAGCUGAGUGCAGUGGAGCCGCUGUCCAACUACAUUCAGCCCGGAUACCAGGAGUUCCAGGCUGUAUCAGAGGGGGAGUGUGUGGGCCGUGCGUUCCCUCACUGCUCCUCCGUCUCACACGCCACAGGAGAGGCGAUAUACUGUGAUGACAUUCCACACACACACGGAGAACUCUUCCUCUCUGUCGUCACCAGCACCAGAGCACACGCCAAGAUCACGCAUGUGGAUGUGGGCGGAGCUCUGGCGAUGGAGGGCGUGGUCGAUGUGGUCACUGCGGAGGACAUCCCUGGCAGGAGGUCCGUCUCCUUCACUGUACUGGACGAGGAGCUGCUGGCACACGACCAGGUGGCAUGCGUGGGUCACAUGAUCUGCGCCGUCAUCGCCGAUACCAUGCAGCACGCUAAACUUGCGGCGGCAGCUGUGAAGGUCGUCUACGAGGACCUGAAAGACCCCAUCUUUACCGUAGAGGAAGCCAUGGAAAAGAGCUCCUACUUCCUUCCUCUGAGAAAGAUUCAGAGAGGAGACGUGGUCUCCGCGCUUCAGGAGACGGACCACGUUUAUGAAGGGGAGCUGCGUCUUGGAGGACAGGAGCAUUUCUACAUGGAGACACAAAGCAUGCUGGUCAUUCCUGUAGGAGAGGAAAAAGAGAUGAAGGUCUACGUGUCUACACAACACCCAACACUUGUUCAGAUGGCGAUAGCAGAGACGUUGGCCAUCCCGUCUAAUCGCGUGUCCUGCCACGUGAAACGUAUCGGCGGGGCGUUUGGUGGCAAAGUGACCAAGACGACUGUGCUGGCGUGUAUUACUGCAGUGGCAGCGUGGAAAACCGAGAGGCCGGUGCGCUGUGUGCUAGAACGAGGAGAGGACAUGCUGAUUACUGGGGGGCGCCACCCAGUGCUGGGGAGGUAUAAGGUGGGCUUUAUGAAUGAUGGCAGAAUCACUUCAGCUGAUGUUUAUUAUUACGCCAAUGCAGGCAGUUCACCAGACGAGUCCCCACUGGUAGCAGAGAAGAUUCUGCUCCAAAUGGAUAACUGUUAUAACAUCCCAAAUCUCCGUGGACACGGAGCUGCCUGCAGAACUAACCUUCCCUCCAACACUGCGUUCAGGGGGUUUGGCGUUCCACAGAGCAUGAUGGUAAUCGAGAACAUGAUCAACGAUGUGGCUAUGAUGCUCGGCCGGCCAGCCGAAGAGAUUCGUGAGAAGAACAUGUAUAAGGAGAUAUCCUUCACACACUAUAAGAUGGAGUUUGACCCGGAAAACCUGCAGCGUUGUUGGGAGGAGUGUAAGCAAAGAGCCGACAUCGCUCACAGGAGAGAGAACAUCACUCGCUUUAACCUGCAGCACCGCUGGAGAAAGAGAGGCCUCGCCAUCGUACCAAUCAAAUACGGCGUUGGAUUCGCAGAGGGAUUCCUUAACCAGGCUGCUGCACUGGUACACAUCUACAAGGAUGGAUCAGUGUUAAUAAGCCAUGGUGGGACUGAGAUGGGUCAGGGCUUACACACCAAAGUCCAACAGGUGGCGAGUCGAGAGCUGAACAUUCCGCUGUCUCUGAUCCACAUCACUGAGACAUGUACGAGCGCUGUCCCCAACACGUCUCCCUCUGCUGCAUCAUUCGGCACUGACGCUAAUGGAAUGGCUGUCAGGGAUGCGUGUCGAACCCUGUACAAGCGACUCGAGCCGAUCAGACUGGCCGACCCUGACGCCCCGUGGCAGAGCUGGAUUAAGAGAGCGUUCCUGGAUAGAAUCAGUCUGUCAGCUACUGGAUUCUACAGAGGUCAGGAUGCAGGGAUGGACUGGGAGAAACAGGAAGGACGACCGUAUCCGUAUUUCACGUACGGAACCUGCUGCAGUGAAGUGGAGAUCGACUGUCUGUCUGGAGAAUACAGGACUGUAAGGACAGACCUGGUUAUGGACAUUGGGAGGAGCUUAAACCCCUCCAUCGAUAUCGGCCAGAUUGAGGGAGCGUUUAUCCAGGGUCUGGGUCUCUACACUAUGGAGGAGCUGCACUUUUCCCCCUCAGGUGUUCUGUACACUCGAGGUCCGGGUCAGUAUAAGAUCCCGGCCGUGUGUGACGUCCCGCUGCAGUUUAACGUCUACCUGCUGGCUGGAUCUGAAAAUCCACACGCCAUCUACUCCUCAAAGGGUACGGGGGAACCCGCAGUGUUCCUCGGUAGCUCUGUCUUCUUUGCCAUAAAGGACGCUGCGGUGGCGGCACGGAGGGACGCGGGGUUAACUGGACCGUUUACUCUGAACAGUCCUUCUACACCGGAACAAGUCUGCCUUGCGUGCAACACACACUUUACACAGAUGAUUAAAGACACAGAACCAGAAGUGCCCAAGGCAUGGGCUCUGCAGCUGCCUUGACCUUCAUUUCACCUUUUAGAUCAAUAUAUUACAUCAUAAUAAUCAUCAUCGUAAACACUAAGUGAUCAGAUUUUAAACAUGUUAUGUAUGCCUACUGAAUAAACUGAAUACAUGAUUAAUGAGAUGUGGUUAACACACAACAAGUAAAUCACCACUUUAAUAGUUAUGCAAUAUUACACUUGAGGUUGUGCUGUUGUACUUAAUAUCAGCAUGGCUGUUAUGCGGCUGUAGGCAUGAGGGUGCAGCCUGAGUACUGAAGAUAUCAGUAUUUUACGCUGAUAUUCAGUACUUCAGCACAACCUCAUGUGUACUAUUGCUUUUAUACAACAGUUCCACAAAAACAUUUUGUUUUAUUAUACGGUUAAUAAUUAGUUUCUUCAUUUAACCAGUUAUUUUGCUCCACCCACACAUAUCCUUCAACGACUGGUGGAGCUGGCGACCGACUGUUAGUGAGCGAUGGUUAACUGGGGUGAAAGUAGUUUUCGAUUCUUACUAGUACUAUGUAGCCAAAAAGUGAGGAGAAUAAACCAUGGAGGUGGUGGGCGUUAAAUGUAAAGCUAGUGCACUAUGUAGGGUGUACAAUCCCUUGUUCAACACACCAAGUAGUGCCCUUGAUGAGGGGUUAGAGAGGGAUUUAGGAUUCAGCCUUGUGUUAGAAGCUAUGUAACUUUGUAGCUAAGCGUUAGCCGUGAACAGAACGACGCGGGGGUUCAGAGGCGAUUCAGAAGGACUUAGAAGUGAUUAGUGCAGAGACGGCGUGUUGUUUAAGACGCCAUAACGUUAUCAGAUGUGUGUUCUUACUGAAAGUGCUUCUGUGACUGGGUGUGAAUGUGGGUUUAGUCAGACAGCUGCUCUCUCCUCAGUACUGCGGACCGUACAGACCUACUCUCACCCACGCUGAGACACACAGUUAGUGUCAUUAACCACUGGACAACACCUGGGACACGCCCACUCAUACAUAUAGACCGUACAGACCUAGUCUCACCCUCGCUGAGACACCACUGGACAACACCUGGGACACGCCCACUCAUACAUAUAGUUACUGUUCUCCUCACACUGCUGUUACUGUCUGUUGUUAUAUAUUAUAUACUGUCUAACAUUAUAUCCAGCACUCGUGGAACACCUCUCGUCCAAUCAGAUUACUCGGUCGAAACUGACUGUAUAAGCGCAUCAAUAAACCUGUUUAAUCAUGGAUUUAAUACACAGAUCAGUGUAAGGGCAUUAAUAAAUCACUGUAACAAUUUUAUCUGUCUAAUACUGUUAACUGUAUAUUUGGGUUUUUUUUUCUCUUUGUAAUAUUCAAUAGUAAGCACUUCGUGGUUAGGUGUUUUGGAGAUAAAGUCCGAGAGGCCAGAUUGAGGUGGUUUGGACAUGUUCAGAGGAGAGAUGGUGAAUAUAUCGGUAGAAGGAUGCUGAGGUUGGAACUGCCAGGCAGGAGGUCUAGAGGAAGACCAAAGAGGAGAUUUAUGGAUGCAGUGAGAGAGGACAUGAAGUUAGUGGGUGUGAGAGAAGAGGAUGCAGAGGAUAGGGUUAGAUGGAGGCAGAUGAUUCGCUGUGGCGACCCCUGAAAGGGAACAGCCGAAAGACAAAGAAGAAGAUGGUUUUAGACUCAAAACUAAAGUGCUAUUUAAAUAAAGAUAUUAAAGACAUGUCAAAUUAUUUUCUGUGAUCAAUAAAAUAAACUCCUGAUGCAA